CAUAUGGCCAGCACGCUUGGCUCUCAUCGAUCAGCCUUGCAGCAAGCUCUAACUAGCCUCAAAGCAGCUGCUAGCAUGCCAGCCAUGGCGGCGGCGGCGGCGAAGCUCUCCGUCGUCCUGGUGACCGUGCUGGCCAUGGUGGCGGCGGUGGCGAGGGCGGCGCCGGCGGAAGGGAUCCAGCCGCUGUCGAAGAUCGCCAUCCACAAGGCCACCGUCGACCUGCACGUCUCCGCCUUCGUCCGGGCCACGCCGGCGCUGCUCGGCGACCAGGAAGAAGACACCUCAUGGGUCACCGUGAAAUACGGCUGGGACAACCCCUCCGCCGACGACUGGAUCGCCGUCUUCUCGCCGGCCGACUUCGUCUCGGGCUCCUGCCCUAACCCGGCGAGGUACCCCGGCGAGCCACUGCUCUGCACGGCGCCUAUCAAGUAUCAGUACGCCAACUACUCGGAGAACUACAUGAACCGGGGCAAGGGCGCCAUCCGGUUCCAGCUCAUCAACCAGCGCUCCGACUUCUCCUUCGUCCUCUUCACCGGCGGCCUCGAAAACCCGAGGCUGGUGGCGGUGUCGAAGCAGGUGGCGUUCAAGAACCCCAAGGCGCCGGUGUUCCCUCGGCUGGCGCAGGGCAAGAGCCACGACGAGAUGACGGUGACGUGGACCAGCGGCUACGACAUCGGUGAGGCCUACCCAUUUGUCGAGUGGGGCAUGGUCGGCAAGAACCCCACGCCGACGCCAAGACGCACCCCGGCCGGCACGCUCACCUUCAGCCGCGGCAGCAUGUGCGGUGAGCCGGCGCGGACGGUUGGGUGGAGAGACCCCGGGUUCAUCCACACGGCCUUCAUGAGGGAUCUGUGGCCCAACAAAGACUACAUUUACAAGGUUGGGCACGAGCUCUUGGACGGGACAGUCGUUUGGGGCAAGCCUUACUCGUUCCGUGCACCACCGACUCCAGGCCAGAACUCGCUGCAGCGGAUCAUCGUCUUCGGCGACAUGGGAAAGGCGGAGAGGGACGGGUCCAACGAGUUCGCCAACUACCAGCCAGGGUCGCUCAACACAACGGACACGUUGAUCCGAGACCUGGAAAACUAUGACAUUGUUUUCCACAUUGGUGACAUGCCCUACGCCAAUGGGUACCUUUCCCAGUGGGAUCAGUUCACCGCCCAGGUCGCCCCCAUCUCCUCCAGGAAGCCCUACAUGAUCGCAAGCGGCAACCAUGAGAGGGACUGGCCGAACACCGGCGGCUUCUUCGACGUGAAGGACUCCGGCGGCGAAUGCGGGGUGCCGGCGGAGACCAUGUACUACUACCCGGCAGAGAACAGGGCGAACUUCUGGUACAAGGUGGACUACGGGAUGUUCCGGUUCUGCGUGGCGGACUCGGAGCACGACUGGCGCGAAGGAACCCCGCAGUACCGCUUCAUCGAGGAGUGCCUGUCCACGGUGGACCGGAAGCACCAGCCGUGGCUGGUCUUCGUGGCGCACCGUGUCCUGGGCUACUCCUCCAACUCCUGGUACGCGGACCAGGGCUCCUUCGAGGAGCCCGAGGGCCGCGAGAGCCUGCAGAAGCUCUGGCAGCGGUACCGCGUCGACGUCACGUUUUUCGGCCACGUCCACAACUACGAGCGCACCUGCCGGCUCUACCAGAGCCAGUGCGUCUCCGGCGAGAGGAACCGGUUCUCCGGCCCUGUCAACGGGACCAUCUUUGUCGUCGCCGGUGGCGGGGGCAGCCACUUGUCUGACUACACCACGGCGAUCCCCAAGUGGAGCGUUUUCAGGGACAGGGACUAUGGGUUCGUCAAGCUCACGGCGUUUAACCAGUCCUCGCUGCUGUUUGAGUACAAGAAGAGCCGCGAUGGCAAGGUCUAUGAUUCUUUCACUGUCGACAGGGAUUACCGGGACGUGCUCAGCUGCGUCCACGACAGCUGCUUCCCCACCACACUCGCCACAUGAGCUGACCUCACUCAAGAGUCCAGACCAUCUAGCUGUCAGUCGUCGGCAGUUAGAUAAUAUCCUAGCUAGCAGCUGAUUGAGAUUUGAGAAAGUGAAGCUGUCACGGUAGUUGUUGUUUUUUCUCUGAUGGGUUUUGUGCAAUAAAACUGCUAAGCUGGACGAUUAGUGUGAACCCAACCGGGA